ACGAACAGGCGCGCGGCGCCGCUCGGAACACGGACGACAGCAGCGCCCGUAAAAUCGUAAUCGGCGUACACAUUCCUGUGAUUCAGAGCCGCUCUCCGCUCAGGUCAUUUGUUUCGCUGACAACCGUUCCGCUAGCACACGCCGCCCGUCAGACGCAAGACGUUGUUUUUCUUGUCCAUUCCACGAGUUUCGUCGCAACACAAACCUCAGAAAAAUGGUUUUAGUACUUGAACAACCGGCCCCAAAAUUCAAGGGCACUGCUGUCGUCAAUGGAGAGUUUAAAGACAUUUCGUUAGAAUCAUUCAAAGGAAAAUAUGUCGUUUUAUUUUUCUACCCAUUGGACUUUACUUUUGUGUGCCCAACUGAAAUUAUUGCAUUUUCUGAUCGGGCUAAUGAAUUUGCGGCUAUCAAUUGUCAGUUGAUCGCAGCCUCUUGCGACAGCCACUUCAGUCAUUUGGCUUGGGUAAACACUCCUCGUAAUGAAGGUGGCUUAGGAAAAAUGCAAAUUCCUUUGUUAGCUGACAAGUCUGCUUCUAUUGCCAAGGACUACCAAGUUUAUAAUGAAGCCACUGGAAUACCGUACCGUGGUUUGUUUAUCAUCGACGAUAAAGGAAACUUGAGACAAAUUACUAUCAACGAUUUGCCUGUUGGACGGUCUGUUGAUGAAACUUUACGUCUUGUUCAAGCAUUCCAAUAUACUGAUGAGCAUGGAGAAGUUUGCCCAGCCAAUUGGAAACCAGGUAGCAAGACCAUUAAUCCAUCAAAAUCCAAGGACUACUUCAAAACUGUUGAAUAAAUGUAUCACAUCAUAACUGAUAAUACUAUGUUUCUUUGUACUAAUGAAUUAUUUUUUUAUUAUCUUAUUUAAAAUAAUUUGUUUAGAUGACAAAAUGUUACAUUUUUGGGAUUAAGGUAUUACAUUUUUUUUUUAAAUUUAAGUAGCUGUUCCAGUUAAUGCAUAAGUGAUAACAAUUUUUUUUAUCCAGAUUAUUAUUUAUUGCCAUAUAAAUCCAGUUUAAUUUAAAAAUUCCUUUAGUUAUAAAUUAAAUAAAAGAUUUUCCGUUA